AUAUCGAGUCCAUCGCCACCAACCCAACGCCGCGCACGGCGCCUCACGGCUGUCCUCCACCUUGAUUUGUGUGCGUGUUUUUUUUUCAACUCGAAAGCGCGAGCGGUUUGUCGGCGUUUGCUCGUGCAAACUGAUUCCACCUAUUUUUCGACAAGAUUCCAGACCGUAGCUCGAGAUGACGGUACGUGGUGGAUAAAUACGGGACUACGUGACACGGAAUCGCCCAGUGGAACGACUCUUUUGUUACUAUUGACUCCUACGCGUGUCGUACAUCUUCCCUCUCCGCUGCUGUGAAGCGAAUUAAAAACGCUGCUUUUAUCACGAAUCUUCGCGCGAUGACGGACGACGGGACGGUCGAGAAGGAAAAACACAUGAAGCAAUUGAAACGAAGGAUGGAGUGCUGGCGGGAGAUAAUCUUGCCUUUGAAUUCCAUUCUUUUGUGGGAAUGCAGAUGGCAUCCUGUGCUGAUUAUUGGAUUUGUAAAUGUGAUAUUCAGCACAAUAUGGAUUCUAGAACCAGCUCUAUUGACGAUGAUAUCUGUUUGUCUGUUGGUAUUUGCUCUGGUUGAUUAUCUUGUGCCGAUUUUGACUUCAGUUUUAUGCAACGCACAGAGUUGGACAGGGCAGAAGGAGAAGAAAUUGAUUGAGAUUUGUCAAAAUCUCUCUUCCACCAUAUUGCAAAUGCAAUGUGCAUGGACGUCUAUCUCGAAAAUUCGACACGAUCGUCCUAAUAUUUAUUACAGCGCAACAAUCCUCUUUCUCAUUCUCUUCGCAUGGCUCGGUAGCACGAUCAAUAAUUUGCUUCUGCUUUACACCAUAGUGCUUACGGUUCUUCUCAUGCCAGGACUCAGACACAAAGGACGGGCGCGUUUGGCUCUGAAACAUUUAUAUGACCACUUAAUUCGACGUCAUUUAUCAUAAUCGUUGUGUAUGUAUUUCGUGCCCACCGAAACUUUUCAUUCUACAUACCUUCAACUCCUGAUCUACAAUAAUAUAGUAAGCGUUAAGUCAUAUGAAAUAGUUCAAUCAUAGUAGAUUAUUUUCCCCACAUGAGAACAUUUGUCUGUAUUCAAUCAAUUUCUAAUGGUUUUAAACUUACGACGUUUAUUGUAGAUUGGGGCUAAUCCAUGCUCUCUCAAUAUAAAUUUUCCAUAAUUCUAUAAUACGAUUUAGAUGUAUAUUCGUGUAAUACGCGUAUAUAUUUACGCGCAACUUCGUUAUAAGAAAAGUAGUCAGCCUUUGCUUCUAAUGAUAUAAAAUGUAUAGUCGGCUAAGAAAAAAAGAUACAAUUAUACUUUAUUUAUCGAGUGAUAUUUAAUAUCAUAUUUGUCAAUGUGAUUUUGUAUCUUACAUGAGUAUUAAUUAAUUAUAACCGUAAGUCUGCGUAGAGACACUUUCAAGGAUUAAUAAAACUAUUUCGUCUUUCAUCAAUCUUAGUUUAUACUGCUUUACUUAAAAUUGUGUACAUAGCAUUUUACUUUUAGAAAUAUAAUUAUUUCUUUAAUUUAUCUUUAUUCUCCUUAAUUGUACAUAAAAUGGCUGUUUUCCAGCUAGAACACGGUGACAUUACACUGUGUUCCACUGCGUAAGAUACUUAAGUGUAAGAAUUAGUCUGGCUGUAUAUCGUGGCUCGUAUAAUACUUAGUUUUUUACAAUAUCGAGUAAUGUAACACUGUCACAGUAGGAUAUUAAUAUUUUGUGUUGGACACAAUGUUAUGCUAUGUCAUCUGUCUUGUUGGAAAAUGGUCAUGUAAUUGUCCUCUAAAUAAACAUUUUUUCUAAUAAAA